AUUGAACUCAUGACUCGGAUUCUCUCCGGUUUUCCAUGAAUCCUUUGUCGGUCUGGUUGUCUGUAGACUGGAAAUCGCUGUGGUGUUGUGUCAUCAAAACUUCAUCCCGUGUUACUGGCCGCGCAUAAGCCGUACAGUGAGAAAAGUUGACAGACUUUGACCGAAGUUGUGCCACUCUGAAUCAGUCAUUUUCGCAUCACCACUUUAGGCUUUGUUAAAUCAGGCAACCAUUUUGAGAAUUGUUCUUGUUCUGUUGCAAAAUGGCAGUGGAUAAGCCCCUCCCGGUCGAGACACUUCUACCCUUCAACUCCAAUCGUUCACCAAGCAACUUCUCUUACACUUCGAGGCCACAGCCCCAGGAAUUGCGCAUGGACAGUCAAUCGCCUGUAAGUGCCGAGGAAGACGAUGGCACGGAGAACGAGGCCGAGCGACCAAAACGUCAGAAGCGAUCCAGAGCCUGUGUGGCAUGUCGAAAUAUGAAGAUACGAUGUCUCCCCGUCGAAGGUCAAGAAGCAUGUCUUGCUUGUUCCAAGGUCAAUCGAGACUGCGUCAUGCCGGGACCUCCGCGCAAACGCCAAAAGACCGUUCACAAGGUGGCCGAGCUGGAAAAGAAGAUCAACGCCCUGACUGAUGCCCUUCUUGCCAAGCAGCAAGCCGAACCAUCUCCACCGACAACAUCACCGGAGAAGGAACAGACAACCAGCGCGAGUUCGGCGCCAUCUGCGAUUGAAGAAACCUCCAACAGUGGAGGUGAUUCCUGGGCCUCCAAGCCCCCUGUGAACCUCGAUGAACCUCGCCCCCAUCCCGUGGAUUCAAACACCGCCUGCCCAUUUUCAUCCAUCACUGCUGUCAAGGAUGACUAUGUCGAUGUUGUUGACCGCGGGAUGGUGUCCCUGGAAUCGGCCACGACUUUGUUCAACCAUUGGAAGCAGCACAUGUCGCAGGGUUGUCCCAUAACUCUUUGCCCCGCAGGGAUCCAAGCACACACCAUACGAACACAACGGCCCAUGACAUUCCUAGCGAUAUUGAUGGUCGCCAGUUCUGCUAUGCUGCCUUCUGUCCAGUCGACACUCGCGACGGAAGUCGCUCACCAAUAUGCUCAAAGAGUGUUGUUUCACGGAGAGAGAUCUAUGGAUCUGGUCCAAGCGAUGCUUCUCUACUCUCAGUUCUACGUUCGUCCUCGAACCGCAAAGGAUCUGGCGUUUCACCAACUUUCACAAGCCGCCUUGACGAUGUGUUACGAUUUGGGGAUUGGGAAGAGAUCGAGGGUGCGCAGCAAAUGGACACCCCAGGAACAUCUAGAACUCGCUCGAACAUGGCUUGCGGCAUGUUGGGCAAAUAUUUCGGUCUCGACCGUUCUUCGUCUUCCCACCGCCGCCAGGUUUGAUGUCCACGCUGAGGAAUGUAUACAGGUGGUGGAAAGCAGCCCACAUGCGUUGCCCGGCGAUAAAUGGAUGGUUGCACAAGCCAGACUGUCGCGAAUCGCUCAAGAAAUCUCCGACGCCUUCAACAUGUGCGAUCCCGGUGCCGAGUUGAAUUUUACAGACGGCAGGACCCAGCAUCAACUCAAAUAUUUCCGUCGACAAUUGGAUGAAUGGGAGAAAUCAGUUGAUCCCAGUAUAGACAACCGUCUGGUCUUACAUCAACGAUGUAGUAUUGAUCUUUACAUACACGAAGUUGCGCUACAUUGGGAACACAGCCUCGACGACUGGAAACCGGGGAACAUCGACUACGAAAAGAAAGGUCCUGAAACAAUUACCUCUCUCCACAUCGACGCUCUGGCUACUCUCCUGUCCAGCAGCCACAAGCUCCUCGACAACUAUCUCUCACUCGAAGUCUCUCGGGCGCGGGCCUUGCCAAAUCUGUACAUCGUGUGGAAUGCGUAUGCGAUCGUGAUACUCAUCAAGAUCCACUGGAUCGUCUUUGGUCCCGGGUCAAAGGUCAACUCGAUAUUCGCCUCGGAGAUCAAGACCGACUAUUACCUGGACUCGAUCACCAGCAAGGUCGUUCAGAUCACGGCAGAAGGACGGUGCCCGUGCGCCGAGGCGUUUGGGUUUGUGUUCAAGAAAUUGAAAACGUGGCACCAGCAUCUCGGAGGCAUGAAUUCGGACGACGAGCAAGCGCAGGACGUCGAGGCCCGACGACAGCGAAGCGCGCAACUCUUUGGAAGCGAGCCACUCACGUUCAUCCAGACCGUGAGGAAGGAGGAAAUGGCGAAUCCGGACGCCCAACAGCAACAGGUGUACCCGCCUGCGUCACUUCCUCACCAGCGGUUCAUGAUGGCGGAUGGACUUCUCGGGACAAACUUGAACGCGGCCUACGAUGCAGCCAGCUAUGGAAACACGAAUUGGGAUCAAUUCAAUUUCAGCACCGAGGAAAUGGACAUGUUUGAUGUCUACAUGUCCAAUUCCGGAUGGAUGGGAUAUUUGCUGUGAUGAGGAAUUGCCGAGACUGAAUAACACCGUUGAACAAGGUUAUACUUUGACAAUGUGCUGUUGAUCCGAUGAUUAUUACGAUCACCACGCAGCGAACGCUCUUCAAAAAGACGUGCAAAAAAAAAAGAACACCCAAACGACAAUCCGAACUCCAUCCCACAGACCAAAAAAACAAACUCAGCACCAACCAAUGAUUCCUUCGCCCAGGAUACGUUUACUUCCUUGAUCGAAUACCGAUACCGCCCUGCCGACGAUCCCAUCACCUCCAACGCCCAGGUUUAGCCGCACGUUUCCUGUUCUCGAGGUGGCGGCGAGCGUGUCGAUGAUGAAAGAGUGCAAGAUGGGAUUGUUUGGAGUGUCCUCUUCCUCUUCGGAAUCCGAGCCAGAAUCACUCCCGGCCCCGGAUGACCAUGAUUGGGUUGUUGGAAAAGAGGAGGACAAAGGUUGGCCAUAUUUGCUAUUUCCACGCAUUCAUUGUCAGUCGAGUUCCGAUUUGUUUGCCGGAUGGGGGCUGGGAAGGAUGGUGACCAAAAUCAAGACUUACUGGAUCCUGAGGUUCAAAAAUCCCCUUCCGCAACUGCCGCCGUUGGUGGUGUCUUUCUCGCCUUCAAACGUCGACGUGGUGGCUCCUGGGGUCUUGUUCGACAGGCGUAACCUUCCUCGAAAGGCAGAAUUCGCUUGUGCGUUUGGAUGAAUGACGGCCACGAGGUCGCCGGAUUCAGGGGCAGGAGGAAGAUGUGAAUCUCCACACAUUUUUUUUUCCUGCGGUUGGUUUUUGUUUUUAUUUGUCGAUGGUUAUACGACUGAGCUAUACAAAAGUUCUCGUGUCGAUCAGUGGUGGUCGAAGUUGUGAGGGAGAUGUGGUGGCUGAAGAUGUGUGUAAUGAUGUGCGGGAAAGUAAAGAGAGAAGAAGAUGGUGACGAGUAUGAUGUUCAAGUUUAGAUGCUUGUGUCUGUGUGUGAGAUUAUUUAUCGAUGUGCUUUCAUCGAGAUAUCCUAGACGUUGGGUGGGACGGUUUGUCGACCUUUAUGUGUACCUCAAGUGACUCGGUGUCUAUGUGAUGGAAAAGGAAUAACAUGCUCUCACUCCUCUCAAUUUCAUGGGAUCCGGACGGAAUGGGGAAAAUAACAUGCUCAAUAUAACCCCCGUACUUGUUCACGUGGUUGGAAUGGUCCUCUAUUUUGGUCUCAAGGUCCUCAGUUGCUCUGUUUGGGUUAUUACAAGUACAAUGGCUUGG